UUUUUAAAAAAAAGCAACUAAUAGACCAUUAAAAAAAAAAAUAGAUAAUAUUUUAAAAUUUAUAGAAAUGGCAAAAAUUAUUUUUGAUGAGGAUGCAGAAAUUGUCAUUCCUGAGACCCAAAAAAAGAUGGAUGAUAAUGAUAUCUUGAAUGAAUCGUCUGAUGAUGAAGCUCCCGAAGAUGUAUCAACUUCAAAAGCUAAGGAAGAACUGUUAACAAAGACUCAGGCAGAGCGAGAAGCAGCAGCAAAGCAAGCAGCUGCUGAAAAAGAAAAACGUCGACAAAGAGAUCAGUUCCUUAAAGAACAAAAAGAAGGCAGUAAAAGACAAAUGAAAGAGUUGGAACGAAAAGCAAGGAAAGAGAGACUUGAAAAGGAAUAUAGAGAAAAGAUGGAAAAAAGAAAAUUAAGAAAGGAUGUAGAAAUGGAUGAUGAAGCUGAAAAACCAGCCAAGUUAUUACCACAAGAUUUAUUAACACAGGCUUUGAAAGAGGAAGAAGAGGAGUCCAAGAAGAGAAAGCAUAUUACAGCUGAGGAAUUUGAAAAGAUGAUGGCUGAACAAGAAGAAGCAGAAAGAGCUGCUAAAAAGAAGAAAUUGUCAAAGGAAAGAAGAAUCGGAGAAUAUACUGUUAAGGUUCUUAAUAAUCGUCCUAAACUACAGAAAGUGAAUAAGGUCAUGUUAAAUAUGAAAAAUCAACACAUGCAUCGUUCAUCUGUGCCAAGAAAGGAAGCUGUUGUGAAUAUUAGUAGUGGCAGAGAUGGUGCUGCCUUAGUAUUUCGUCGUAGUAAAUAAUGUAAAUAAAAGGAUACAUAAUAUACACACACAUAUUUAAAUACAUAUAAACAUCUCUUAUUCAUGAACAUACAAGCCUAGUACUAAAGUAUAUAGACGGAUAGGGUUUUGAUACGGUUAAAUGUCAAUUGCACCCAAAAUACGAAAUUGUAUUUUUUUUUUUUGAUCUAUAAAUAAAGUAGAAAAUGGAAUAACAAACUAGGAUGAUAAUCUCUUGAAAUUACACUGUAGUGUUGAACAAUUUA